AUGGCUGCAGCGAGUGACAAGGCUCGCUUCUUCAUGGAACAGUCGGUUCCCGAACUCCAAGAAUACGAACGCAAAAAGAUCUUCACGCGCGAGGAAAUUACAUCGAUAGCCCGCAAGCGCUCCGAGUUCGAACACCUUCUCAACACUCCUGGUGCUGCCACAGCUGCCGACUACGCUCGCUAUGCCCUGUACGAAAUGAAUCUGGACUCUUUGAGGAAAAAGCGCUCUAAGCGCAUGGGUGUCAAGGCUACCGCCUUUGCUGGUCAGAAGAAGAUCUUCUUUGUCUUGGAAAGAGGCGUGAGGAGAUUUCAGGGAGACAUGGGCUUGUGGAUGCAGUACCUCGAGUUCUGCCGUAAAGAGGCGGCAAACAAGAAGUUGGCAAAGGCUUUGACACAGUGCUUGAGAAUGCACCCCAUCAAGUGGGACGUGUGGACAUGGGCUGCCAAAUACUAUUUUGAGCAGCAGGCCGAUAUGCAGACCGCCCGCAGCUACAUGCAAAGAGGACUGAGAUUCUGCAAGAGGGAGAGAAAGCUGUGGUUGGAGUACGCCAAGUUGGAAAUGCUCUAUGUCGCAAAGAUCGCCGCGCGACGAAAGAUUCUAGGCCUGGACAUUGAGAGAAAAGAAAAACAGAUCGAUUCGACAUUAGACGCAGAUGCCGACAUGAUGGCACUACCUGACGUUACCGCCGACGAGAUCAAGCCUGAAGGAGCGCCCGAACCAAAGCAAGCAGUUGACGAGGAAGCACUCAAGAAACUGGCCGCCUCCCCUGCCUUGAACGGUGAUAUCCCUCGCAUCAUCUUCGAGACUGCGAUGCGCGACUUCAACAACGACCCAUUCCUCGCCGAACAAUUCUUCGACGUCUUUGCUGCCUUCACAGACGUUCCCUGCACAAGCAGACUGUUACAACACAUCAUCGAGUACCUCUCCAAUCAACAAACUGCCUCGAACAAGAUCAGCAUGCACAUUUGCCUCGCCAAGCUCGAGCUUCUGGACACAAACACUCAGGAAGCAAUCGAGUCCGCUGAGUUCCCCCUCAAGCUUGCCAAGGCCCUCGCUGUGCUCAAGAAGGGUUUGGGCGAAUCACCCAAGCACAAUGCAGAUUUGGCCGAGAAGUAUGUCCGUACAUUGAACCAAGGCAGCUUCGAUCGUGUCAAGGCCGUUGUCAAGAAAGAGCUUAAGGGUGGCAAUGAGACAGAGGCCAAUCUUCUGAUCGAAAUUGCUGGCAGGGUCAACCCAAUCCAGAAGGCUCAGCUCGAGGCUCUGAUCAGCUCAUGA